AUGGCGGUCGUCAAUGAAAGUUUGAAAAUUUGUACAUAUUUAGAAAAUCUUCUAGAGGACACAUUUGGGCCUUGUGGUCUUGAUAUAAUGCUGAAUUCGUCGUCAGGCAAGAUACUGAUUACAAAUAGUUGUGGCGUUAUUGUGAAUUCUUUGUGUUUUGGUCAUCCUKUGGCAAAUGUUAUUGUUGACAAGUUAAAGAGUCACAAUGAAAUCACUGGUGAUGGCUGUUGUGCAUUUAUUUUGGUGCUUGCACAAGCUUUAAGAGGAAUAGCUGAUGUACUGCAAAGCAAGAGUCAAGCAGAKUUAACUACAUCGUCGUUACAAACGAUGUUAUCAUUAUCAAAGCAUUUUAUGAAGAUGCAAAGUGAGCUUGAAUUCCUUGUCCGGCCAAAACUAGAGAAAAUUUCGACUUCUGUUGAUUUAAAUUCAACAAGUCAAACUUCAGUAAACGAAGUAUUAUCGCACACCAUUCAUUCUUGCUUGAAUGGGAAAUUCUCUAAAAGUGUACAAAAGCUGCUAUCAAAACWUCUGUUGGAUUUGAUUACAAAGACUUGUUCUCGUGAUAAUUUUUAUGAUGACAUUAUUAAGCUUAUCGAUGACUUGCCUCAAUGGUGUAUUCAGUUUCAUGGUAUGCCUUUUCUUAAUUCACACAUAGAGGAAGGGUUUGCAAUACCAAGGGAACUCYCAACUGGUCAGGAUGUCGCWUUACCAAAACCAGGAGAAACAUCAUUCACAUUCAUUUUAUUACAGUGCUCCUUGGAUUGCAGUAGAGAUUUUGAAAAAGCGGAACUAGAGGUUGAAAGUCUGUCACUACACUCUAAAGCUCUAUUACAUAACCAAACGACAUGUUUUUCUAUAUUAAAAUCAUUCAAGGAACAAGAUAUCCAACUUUUAAUUUCUUCUGAGAGUGUUUCCGACAUGGUUCUGCACUUGUGUCGUCAACUUGGAAUAGCUGUCAUUCAAAUGGUUCCCAUGGAAACCACUGAUUAUAUCUGCAGGCUGGCAAAUGUCCAGCCAAUCUGCAGUGUCAACCAGAAUGAUAUUCAAAGUAUUUCUGAUAACUAUAAAGGAAAGGGUUGCAGCUGUUUAGAAAAGAUCGUAGCUGGGCAAAAGCAUGUUCAGUUGACGUGUGUUUCACCGCAGUCAACGCAAAGGAUUUAUCAUAUUGUUUUAAAUGCUCCAACCCAAGGCCUACUACAACAGUACUGCAUYGGUAUUCAARSUGCUCUCAARUGCAUUAAAAUGUCAUUCUCAGAGUCUCAUAAAGAAUUGACUUUGCUACCAGGAUGUGGAUCGGUAGAAUUUGUCAUUUCGCAAAUAUUUGAUGAAUUAUGCCAAGCCACCACAACUGAACAAAUGGCCACAGCCUUUGGUGUGCUUAGUAAAGCAUUCCUACAAAUACCAAGAGUGCUUCACAGGAAUUCACAUCAGUCUGGCGAUUCUAAUUAUAUGAGGGUUCAGGCAAAGAUGUUAGCAUCAUGGAAGAGAGGCAUUUUGUUAGGAGUAGAUGAGAAGACAGGCGAUGUUGUGGACCCUCAUAGCAUUCACAUUUAUGACCCUUAUCAAGGGAAAAUACUGUUGAUCAGCCAUGUGCUGCAAUGCCUAGCAAAGUUGCUUAGAAUAGAUAAGAUAAUUGGUGUUAGUUGCCUGAGUGUUAAAAGUGACUAGAGCUUUCUUUGCUAGUUUAAUGAACUGUAUAAAAAGUGUUUUGAUUUUAUAGUAAAGUUGAAAUAAAAAUCGUUUGAUUUGUAAGCUUCGAAUGUAAUUUCUUUUAACUUUUGAGGACCAUUUACUCAAAUAACGCAAAAAAGGGAAAAAAUCGGGAAAAAAGAAUAUAUGA